GGCGCGGAGGGCGGGAUACGACGCGUCCGAUCUGCGGAACACAAGAACCGACCUGUUAACCUCUCGUAGUGAAACCGUGACAUAGCGCCCGAAGAACGACAACUAGUUGGAUUAGGCCUCACCAGAGGAAGGUGGGACCCCGUUGGAACAGCGUGUGGCUAACAUGGCUUCGUUGUUCAUGGAGCUUCCCUCCUAGAAAUCCCUCCGUUGUAAAAUCCACCCGUUGAUCUCUGCAGUCAUCGGCACUCGGGAUGACAACCUCUCAUCUGAAUGGCCACGUUGCCGGUGAGGGAGGAGAUGAAGAGCCGAGGGGAGGACAGCAGCACAGGGAAAUGGCCGUGGACUGCCCGGGCGAACUGGGAAGCCGGACGCUGCCGGUUCGCCGAUCUGCUCAGCUGGAGCGAAUAAGACAACACCAGGAGGACCUGCGUCGUCGUCGAGAGGAGGAAGGCCGGCAGCUGGAUCUGAAUGCGUCACUCAGGCUGAAGAAGCUCUCUCAGAAUCCCCACGUUGGCAUCGACAACCCCACGUUCCUGCAGGACACGUACGCGUCGCAGCGACCCACGCUCGGCAGUCGGCACACUUUGCUUGAGUUAGAGGAGUUGUUGCUGUCACUCAAGCUGGUCCGGGGCUGUCUGUCCGACCAGCAGAGUCAGAAUGACAUCGAGCUGGUUCUUGCGCUACUUAACAAGUCAGAUUUCCAGUCUGCACUUAAGAUUCAUAAUGCCGUGGCCAGCAGCAUGCACAGACCCUCUCCCCCAUACCCACAAACGCACCAGGCACUGGAGCUGGCACUGGAGGUGCGAAAUCUCAGCCAAACAAGUCCGAACAAAGAAGGACUGGAACUCUGCAGUCUCUUGUCAGACAUUCACGUCCAGUCUUUGCUUCUGGCACAUGACAGCAUAGCCCAGAAAGAAAUGGAAGUGGAACCGCUGAGCAGUCAAACAGAGACAUUGACGCAAUGGGGAGGAGAGAGUGUCAAGAUUGUUCACAUAGAGAAAGCCCGAGACAUUCCACUGGGGGCCACGGUCCGUAAUGAAAUGGAGAGCGUGAUCAUCAGUAGGAUCGUUCGAGGAGGAGCGGCCGAACGAAGCGGACUUUUAGCAGAAGGAGAUGAAAUAUUGGAGAUAAAUGGAACUGAAAUCAAAGGGAAAGAUGUCAACCAAGUCUUUGACAUUCUGGCCGACAUGCACGGCCUUCUGACCUUUGUACUCAUUCCGAGUACUCUGAGCAAACCUCCCCCACUCAAAGAGAAUGUCGUACACGUGAAAGCGUAUUUUGACUACGACCCAUCCGAUGACCCCUACGUGCCAUGCAGAGAGUUGGGCUUGUCCUUCCAGAAAGGCGACAUUCUCCACAUCAUCAGCCAGUCUGACCCCAAUUGGUGGCAGGCAUAUCGAGAUGGUGAUGAAGAGAAUCAGCCUCUCGCUGGAUUAGUACCAGGAAAGAGUUUCCAGCAGCAGAGAGAAGCCAUGAAACAGACGAUCGAAGAAGACAAAGAGCCAGAGAAGUCGGCGGGAAAGUUAUGGUGUGCAAAAAAGAACAAGCGCAAGAGAAAGAAGCUGCUUUCCAACUCUCCGAGAAAUGAUGAUAUGGACGAAGAGAUUCUGACCUAUGAGGAGAUGGCCCUGUACCACCAGCCAGCCAAUAGGAAGCGGCCUAUUGCAUUGAUUGGCCCGGCGAGCUGUGGGAAGGGGGAACUUCGCCAGAGACUUGUCAACAACCAACCGGAACGCUUUGCUGGCGCCGUACCUCACACAACGCGGAGCCGGCGAGACGUCGAGCUCGGUGGGCGAGAUUACCAUUUUGUUUCUCGUCAGGUGUUUGAGACCGAGCUGGCUGCCGGGAAGCUGAUUGAGUCUGGCGAGUUUGAGAAGAAUCUUUAUGGGACAAGCACGGACUCGGUCAGACAGGUCAUCAACACUGGGAAAAUAUGUGUGCUCUGUCUCCAUACUCAGGCCCUGAAGGUGCUGAGGAGUUCGGAUUUAAAACCAUACAUCAUCUUCAUAGCGCCACCUUCCCAGGAAAGACUCCGAGCCCUGCUGGCCAAAGACAACAAGAACCCCAAGCCCGAGGAGCUCCGGGACAUCAUUGAGCGAGCGCGCGAGAUGGAGCAGAGCUGGGGUCACCUGUUUGAUGCCAUCCUAGUCAACACAGACCAGGACAAAGCUUACGCCGAGCUGCUCAGACUCAUCAACAAACUGGACACGGAACCCCAGUGGGUGCCCUGCUCAUGGCUGCGCUGACACGUGCACACGCGCGCGCUAGCGUAACUGUCAUGCCAUCCUCAACACGUUUGAUACUCCGCCACCUAAUGGAAGGUUUAUGCCACUGCUGCCCAGGCGGUUACAGAGGUUUUUGUAAAGGUGACCUCCUCCAUCGGUCAUAGCCUUUUACUGAAAUAUUCCUAAUACUUUAAUUAUUGUUUUCAAUUGUAAUUUAGCAUGUUCAUUGACAUCAAGGUUCACUGUUGGGGGGAAAAAGUUCUUGGUGUCUAGUGAGCUUGCAGUCACUGCUGCUACAUGCAGCGGUUGUCAAGGUUUGAAAGACAGCAGGAUGAAGAUUUGGGGUCGUUAUUUCAUCUAGAAUGCAUAUAUAUUCCUUUUUAUUUUGACCCUGGCUGAAAUCUCAGAAGACUGCCUACCUACCCUGAUCCAGUCACAUUCCAAUCAAAGCCGUUAUUGUAAAAGUCGAUCGCUAUGGAUCAUUGACUUCUUAAAUAAGGAUUGUUUUUUCUUCAUUUGACUUUAACUUUAAAAGUUUUGCUAACAGUGGAUUUAGUCAGGUGCCAUGCAAGCUAGAUCAUGUGUAUCUUUACGUAUUUGAUUGAUGUCACACAAAUCAAAUGAAUCAACACCUAACCGAUUUUGCACCAUAUUUUGCUAUUCUUUAUUAGUCACACGUCUGGCACAAGAAUGACUAUUCCUGAUGAGACCAAAACAUGGACCUACAACAUUUUCAUGCAUCUUUUUCUAUGCAUGAAAUCGUUUUCUUGCAUUGACCUCAUCCUGGUAUCAUUUCAGCCGUCAUAGUUGAAGCUAUAAAUUAUUGAAGUGAAUUAUUGUUACUUUGUGCAUUAUGAAGAAUCUAUGUAUACAUUUUUUUUUUUUUUUUUUAACGAAGUACUGGCUUGACCUAUAAUCAGAGCAUGCCUAUUGGUGGGGCCUCUUAAAUGUGAGUAUGACUAAACGCAAACAUUUAGUGCAA